UUUUUGGGUGAGAUCAUGAUUUUCUUAUUUAUUAUUUGGGAAUUUGGAAAGUUUUACUGGCUUUUCUGUUUCUUAUUCCUAUUAUUAGUUCUACAGGUGUUUAAGAAAAAACAAAAAAACAAUAGACAAGAACAACUUUUUCUAUUGAGACCACAAUCCAGUUAUUUUAACUAGGGAACUAAAAGAAACAGAAAUUCAGAAACUUCUGGAAUUCCUUUUUUUUUUUGUUUCUGGAAUUUUUUUAUUUUUUUUUGGUUUUAAUAACGGACACCGGUGGUGUCCGUACCAGCUUGCUCUCGGACUAAUUUCAGGAGAUGUGCCACCUCUCACCAACAAUAGGUAUCAGGAUAGCUCUCCGUCAUGACUAGAACAAAUGGGAAGAAAUCACCUAGUGUUUUGUCUCUGCAUGGAACUGAAUUUGGGACCUUAUGGCACCCUCAUCAAGAUUGUAUACUUUUCAACCAACAGUAAGUGCAGCACUAGUGAUGAGGUACCAGCAUUAUCAAAAGAAAGACAGGAAGUUCCCAAUGGAGACCUUAACCAUCACAUUCUUAGUGGCAGGCUUUAUUUCGUCAAAUUCGAGACUAGCAAGAUUGAGGACUGCAUAAAAUUUUUGUCUUCCAAGAAACUUCAACAGUGCGUGAUUACAGGUGCUCAAUGUCACCAUUCUCAUGCUGUUGACAAGAUCAAGAUUAAGGCAACCGGUGGUGGAGCUUUCAAGUUUGCCAAUCUAUUCAAAGAAAAACUUGGCAUAACGCUGGACAAGGUGGAGGAAAUGGAGUCUCUUGUUACUGGAGCAAAUUUUCUGCUUAAGGCCGUCAGCCAUGAAGCUUAUACAUAUAUUGGAGGUCAAAAGGAGUAUGUGCAGAUUGAUCAGAAAGAUUUAUAUCCUUACCUCCUCGUCAACAUUGGGUCUGGGGUUAGCAUGAUAAAGGUUGACGGAGAUGGGAAAUUUCAAAGAGUUAGUGGAACUAGCGUCGGUGGUGGCACUUUCUUGGGUUUAGGGAAACUUUUGACCAAAUGCCAAAGUUUCGAUGAGUUGCUGGAAUUGAGCCAUCAGGGAAACAACAGAGUGAUAGAUAUGCUUGUUGGAGAUAUUUAUGGGGGAUUGGACUAUUCAAAGAUUGGCCUUGCAUCAACUGCCAUAGCCUCUAGCUUCGGUAAGGCAAUCUCAGAAAACAAAGAGCUCGAAGACUACAAACCAGAAGACAUUGCCCGGUCCCUCUUAAGGAUGAUCUCAAAUAACAUUGGACAGAUUGCAUACUUAAAUGCUCUUCGUUUUGGGCUCAAACGCAUCUUUUUGGGAGGAUUCUUCAUCCGUGACCAUGCUUAUACGAUGGACACAAUUUCAGUUGCAGUUGAUUUCUGGUCGAAGGGUGAAGCAAAAGCAAUGUUCUUGCGGCAUGAGGGGUUUCUUGGAGCCCUAGGAGCUUUCAUGAACUACAAAGAUGGAAAUGCAGAUUUCAUGGCCCCUCAAUUAGUUGAGCAACAACCUCCCAAAAGUUCAAGUUGCAUAGUAGAUAGGAUUCAUAACUCUACGCGUGUGCACGAAAAUGAAAAUGGCGCCAUAGAUUGUAGAUUGCGAGUUAGUAGCUCAUUUAAGAUUUAUGAUGAGGUCAAAAGGCUUUGACCUAUCAAACAACUAUAUGUACAACAAAAAAAAAAAAAAAAAAGAGGAUGUCAAGGGAAGUAGUUGUUUCUGGUUCUAAUUAAGUUAUAUGUCUAGACUAAAAAUGUGAAAGGGCUAGCAAAACAAUUUCUGUUUUACACAUAUAUAUAUAUAUACUAGAUAAGUAUGCCCGUGCAUUGGACAUACCCAACACGUUUAGUAAAAUAAAAUGAAAAUGUAACAGUAAGGGAGUAUCUCGUUUGAUUGGAUCAAUUGAUGAAAAUGAUCCCAAAUAUAAAAGUUGGCCAUUUUAUUUUGA